CCGGAACAGAAAAGGCGUCUUCGCCAUUGAGUGACAGCAGCAUCGACCAGUAGUUGCACUCUUAGCGGCCACCAGAGCUUCCUUACAGCAAGGUCAGCGGCUGCUGUCAGAGGACAUGAGCAUGUUGGGAGCUCGCCUCAUCUACAGUUCUGCCAAGCGAGCAGGUCUCCCAUGUAUUCAGACACUGAUCAGACCUUUUAGCCUGACACCUCAGGUGCAUUCAUUCAAGUAUGUAAAUGCUCGAGAAGAAGAAACAAACUUGAAGUCUGUGACUGACCGGGCAGCCCAAACUUUGCUUUGGACAGAGCUGAUCAGAGGCCUUGGAAUGACCUUAAGCUACUUGUUUCGGGAGCCAGCCACUAUCAAUUACCCUUUUGAGAAGGGCCCAUUGAGCCCACGGUUCCGUGGUGAGCAUGCAUUACGCAGAUACCCAUCUGGAGAGGAGCGUUGUAUUGCAUGUAAGCUGUGUGAAGCCAUCUGUCCUGCCCAGGCCAUCACCAUUGAGGCUGAACCCCGUGCAGAUGGAAGCCGUAGGACUACAAGAUAUGACAUUGACAUGACAAAGUGUAUUUAUUGUGGCUUCUGUCAAGAGGCAUGUCCUGUGGACGCUAUAGUGGAGGGUCCAAAUUUUGAGUUCAGCACAGAAACACAUGAAGAACUCCUGUACAACAAAGAGAAGCUCUUAAACAAUGGUGACAAAUGGGAGGCAGAGAUUGGUGCAAAUAUCAAGGCUGAUUUCCUCUAUCGCUAAGUGUCCCCCAAUCCGAUAUUUAGAGAAGCAGCUGAUGAAGCCGUCCUACCAUCCAAUGCGUUACUCACUGCUACUUCCUAAUUUUGUUGAAUUUAUUUUCUGUAAUGCCAGUUUAUUAAAACAAGAGGUAAACCUA